GAGCCAUCCUCUACAAAAGAUAUUUCACCACUUAUCAAGAGCCAUUCUGAUGAGGAGAAAGGUAUUACUCCCAAUCCCUUGCCUGAAAUAGAACAUAUCUCAACCCAGACCCAAAGGGGCGAAUCUUUAGAUUCAUCUGAAUCUUCAACGGAGCCUGAAAUAUCUACAACCUCUUUACCACAAGAUAUUAUCAAUGACGAUUCAGCUGAGAUCCUAGAUUUUGUAGAAACGAUACAUAAGGAAAGGAUUGGUAGUGAGAUAAGAGAGAGGAACCGGGAAAAAAAACUUCAAGAAUCACAUAAUAACUUAACACCACCAAUACAAUCUGAAACAUCAACUAUGUUGACACCUGAAUCUCUGGACUUGAAACCUGUGAAAGAGCUUUGGGAUCAGAAUCAAAAUAAAAACCAGAACAAAUCGCACAAGAAAAAGGGAACCAAGAAUAUCACUCAAGUGAUAGCUGAUGGUAUUCAAGAUGAUAAUCUUUUAGAUUCAAAUUAUGUGACAGAAAUUUCAGCGACAGCUCUUCACCAAAAUUCUUCUGUCUUAUUACUUGAUUUAGCACAAUUAUUUGAUAAGGCAACUGAUGCCGAAUAUAGCGCCAUAAAAGCUAACCAAGAAGAAACUUUAUGCUGGACUAAUUAUGGAAAAGAAUUUAUAAUUCAGUAUAAUGAUCUUGUGAAAAAUAGUAAUGGAAAAAUUGGCGAAAAAAAGGUUUAA